AUGUGUUUCGGCACUGGCUUCUUCGAUGGCAUCAAGCCGAGUCCGCCUCGUCAAGAAAAAUACAAAGACCAAGAGAAGUAUCAGCGAGACUAUGCACGGAUAACAGACGGAGGAGAAUGGCGAAUUCUCAAGCUGGAGCUACUGGAGGUGUUACUUUUGCUUUGGGUGGCUGAGGAGAGGCCAUAUGAUAUGGAAGACUCCUAUUUGAGUCGCUGCUUUGAUGAGGCUCAGAUUGAUGAGUAG